UUUCACAAGCAGAACAUGUAUCCUUAUAUCGAAAAAUAGAUUUUCUAAAUCAUGCAAUACAUGGCAGGUUAAAGUUAUUUAUUAUGGGCGCAAUUUUAAUGUAACGUUAUUAUAUUAUUAUAAUUAUAUUAUAAUACAAUUAAUUUAAAAUACAUACAUGACUAAAACGAUGUUUUCGGUUCGAAGGGUGCUUUUAUUUCAGUAUUUUACACAGACAUGUCACUGAUUUCAGUUGCACAUGAUGAUGUUUCUAAGCCUCAGAACACUCACAGUUGUGAUCAGGUAUAAAACGAAUAUUACACAUCUUUAGGAAAGGCACGUAUCGACGAACGGUGUAUGCAGCAAAACAGACGUUUUUAGUGAAACAAUGCAAAUACACUGAUAAACGUAAACCAAAGUGUCGCACGUAUGCAUUUUAGUCACAUUCUGCAAAUGUAAAAUAUCGCCGUAGAGUACUGUCAAAAUUGCCGGCUCAUGUUUCCAACGUACAGAUAUCGAUUAUAUCUGUUUUUAAACGUUUGUCAUGUUACAGGAGGAACACAAAAUCGUAAUUUCUUGUUUCUUCCGGGAGCAGUCGCAGCUGCACUCAUGAACCUCCACAACAACGCUGAAUAAAGGACUAAACAGCCGUGUUUAAUAGGAUUUUUAACAGCGAUUAAUCAUUUAUUUACAUCUUGCUGAAUUGUUUUAUCGGUUUGAAUUAGCUCAGAUGCCUCUAUAUUGUAGUCGUUUCAUGAUUGCACCCUGCAAACGAACGUUGGGAGACGUUGUUCCUGGCCACAGCUACAGAAUAUUCAGGCAAUGCUGGAGAAAGUUUUGGCAUCCAGGGAGGCCCUAUACUGGCUCAGUGACUUCAAGCCCUGAUUCUGAGUUCAGAAAUUCAGAGAUGUCGACCAAAAGUGAGAGACCCUUUCACACACCCGUCAUGCUGAAGGAAGUUUUGCAGUUUCUGGACAUCAAACCAGGGCAGGUGGUCCUGGACUUGACCUUUGGGGGCGGAGGUCACUCGAAGGCCAUCCUGCAGUCGGCUCCAGGUGUUACGGUGGUGGCGGCAGAUCGUGACCCCACAGCCUUCCAAAUGGCUCAACGUUUAGCUGAAGAAUACCCGGGCCAAGUGAAGCCAAUACUAGGGAGGUUCAGCGAGCUGAAUAACCUGCUUUCAGCACUGGGUUUGGGUCCAGGAGGUGUGGAUGCUGCCCUUCUGGACGCUGGAUGUUCCUCCAUGCAGAUGGAUUCAGCAGAGAGGGGCUUCUCUCUCAGCAAAGACGGACCGCUGGACAUGAGGAUGGAUGGAGACAGGUACCCCGACAUGCCCUGCGCGGCUGACGUGGUCAACGCCUUAGAUCAACAGGCGCUUGCGUCCGUGCUGGCCGCGUACGGGGAGGAGCGGCACACCAGGAAAAUUGCGGCGGCCAUCGCACAGGCACGCAGCGUCUACCCCAUCGGCCGGACCCUGCAACUGGCCAGCAUCGUAGCAGGAGCGUUUCCCGCGAGCGCGCUGUACGCCCGGCGUGACCGCCUGCAGCGCCCUGCACACGUUGCCACCAAAACCUUCCAGGCCUUACGGAUAUUUGUGAACGACGAGCUCAACGAGUUGCACGCCGGCCUGCGAGUGGCUCGGGCUCUGCUCCGUCCCAAGGGCAGACUCUGCACUCUCACCUUCCACUCCUUGGAGGACCGGCUGACCAAGCGUUUCCUCCGUGGAGAGGACCUGGCCGCCCCACCGCGCCGCAGCCAUCGCCAGCGAGCCAGAGCCCAGUUAGAGCAAGAGGAGCAUGAGGAGGAGGAGGAAGAGAACGAAGAAGAGGGGAAAGGACAAGAGAGCAAAUAUUGGGUCAGCCUGAAGAAGGUGAUAAAGCCAAGUGAGGAAGAGGUGCAGGAGAACCCAAGAGCUCGAUCAGCUAAACUCAGAACAGCAGUAAGACGAUAGAGAUUACUUAGGAGAGAAAAACAAAUGGUUCAUAAAUAUUAUUUCCGAAAGUGUAUAUAUUAUUCAAUUCGAAAAAUGACCCACUCAGUGACAAUUUGUCCUUUUUUCCGGGUGUGCACACGUGUGGUUUCAGUCACUUUGAAGUAGUACAAAAUAAAAAAAAAACAUAACUCCAGAAUAGUUUUGUUGGUGUUAAAAAUGUCAGUGGUAUGUUAAUGAAUUUUGGGUGAAUUUCGCAUAACAAUUUGAAUAUCUGCUUCAUGGUACAUGUUAUAUUUUAAGCAAUUUUUAAUGUUCUAUUUAUAUUUUAAGUUAUAUUUUUGUGUUUAUAUUUUUAUGUAAAAUUUAUGUUCAGUGUAGUUUUUAUUUUGACUUUAUGAUUUAUUUUAAGUAUUUAGUUUUACUAGUGUAAGUUAAAGGGAUAGUUAUGAAAGAAGAUAUGGUGGUAACCUACAGUUGACGGUAGCCAUUGAGUUUUUCUCAUACUAUGGAAAUCAGCGGGCUACCAGAAACUGUUUGGUUACCAGCAUUAUUCAAAAUGUCUUCUUUUGUGAUUAACGGAAGAAAGAACGUAAGGUUUGGAACAACUUGAGGGUGAAUACUGACAGAACUUUCAUUUUCAGGUGAACUGUCCCUUUAACACAGCAUCCGGUAUUAUUUAAAAAUGUUUAAACAGUCUAGUGUUAUGGCUGGUGACAAGUUUCCACAUACGUCUAAAAACUGGAUUUUCCAGUAAAAACUACAGGCCAGAUUUCUUCAAUUAUUUAGUUUGCUUACAACCCACCUCCUUUUCACAACUGAUUGAAAGAUGAUUGCAGUUUUUUUCUGCAUUAUGACUUCGAUUUUUAUUUGACUAAGGUUAAGUUUUGGAGUCAUAAAGUUGUUGUUUUAGUUUAGUCAGUUAGCUUCCUUUUAAUUGUAGUUUUCGUUCCGGAUAAUAACUGUCUGUCACUCAAGGUUACAUCCAUCUUUUACCUGCUGAGCCGCCACCUUCCCGUUGCACCAAUAAACAGACCUUACCACAUCACUGGCUCUGUUACCUCGGCUCAUAGUCAAAUUCAGGAUCACUUCACACAUGAGUUCGACCCAACUCUCACCUCUUCCUGACUCAUUUCUGCUGCAUACACGAGUAUAGUGUUGAAGUCCAGCUGCCUCCUGUGAAGUUUCUAUUAACAGCUAGAAUAAGAGAAUCAUCAGCCAUAACAGAACAAUCUCCAGAGUCACAGGAGAAAAACACGUCGUCUCAAACUAUAUGCAAGUAAAAAGUUGAACGAGCAGCGAGUAUGCAUUGGCACGGUCGGGUAUGUGAAGGUGUUGGGGUGCGAUCUUAGAUGGGCAUAGAGCCCACAUGUAAGUUGGCAAUGCAGCAUGUGACAGAGAGAGAGAGAGAGAGAGAGAGAGAGAUGCACAAAGAGAUUGCGUCUCUAUGCGGCGGCCUCUCUCCCUUUGUUGAGCUAGUGGGGGUGAGUCACACACCUGCAGGACUCGGGUGGGAUUCAGCUGCCAUGGUAAUACUCAGCGCCUUGUGUACUGUACUCCGGCCCCUUCACAUCUGAUUCACAUACAUAUACCUCGACACCUCACCAGCGGCGUGAUUAAAAGGGCACGUUAAAAGCCUUCGAUUUUAACACCUUAUUUUAUCCUUUCACUCUGAGUGAAAAUGUAUGCAGAUUGUUUUUAAAAAAUGAGAAUAAACUGUUCAAUCAGCUGUUAAAUGUCAUGGCAUGACAAAGGAUCUGUCAUGAAUAAACGUUAUAAUCUAUAUAUACUAUUUCUAAUAAAAAAUUUUUUUUAUAAACAUUUAGUUUGAUAUUCGUAUAUUUUUAAUGUUCCUGUUUUUUUCUAAAUAAAAAAUAAAUGCAACAUGAAAUAUGUCAAAUUGAUCCGGUUUCUUUAAAGAACCAUCGCUUUCCUUUCCUAAAAUCUGAAGAACCCUUUGUGAAACAGAACGGUUCUUUAGAUGUUAAAGGUUGUUUAUGGAACCAUUGUGAAGCACCUUUCUUUUUAGGUGUAGAUAUAAUACUUAGAUAAUAUAACAAUACAUUUUAUUAUAUAAUACGUUUCAAUAAAUUCACCAUUUAGUUUUCUAGUUAUUCU